GAAUAUGAAAAUUUUAACUUUUAUUUUCCUUUUCUCCUUUGUGACGCCUAUAAUUGGAUCAGGAGGGGGAAGUUCUUCAAAAAGGGGACGAUUUAAUCCAUAUCAAUCAAGUGGAACCGAGCCAGAACCAAGCAACAUCGUCGGGUCUAGUUCUAGUGACCCUGUUACCCAUGCAGAAGGCACGACGUCUUCUUCAGUUCACGCUCCUGUAGAACUUCAUCAUAUGGGAAAUUUGUUCUCCAAUAUUCCAUUUACUGGCUAUCAUCAAUUUGAUCAGCGUUUUCCGCAACUUUUGAAUCCUUCAACUGAUCAAUUUGCUACUACUACAUCACCUGUUCCGCAUCAAAUGCAAUCACUUGAACGACAAAAUAUGCCCGUGCAUCAUAUGAAAAAAAUUGAGAAUGAAGUUUCAAAGCCAAUGCAUUCGAAAGCCUUUAAGUUUUCUAAAAAAAUAUUUCUAAUUAUUAAUUUUCUAUAUCCGGCAUUUCAAUUAACCCUAUUAAAUUAAUAUACAAAAAUUUUUAGAUCGUUAUAAUUGGAUUGAAAAAGCUGAAGAGAUUGAUAAUUAUCACUUGGCUGAAGAAGUGAUAAAUGAUCAGUCUUACAUUUAUGUUGGUUGUGAUCGUUGUAGGAGAUAUGUAAUUUUAAUUAAAAUAUUAAUU